GAGUCAGGCGGUGUGGUUCAGGGAUCCUGUCCUUGGGGAUGAAGUCGCUCACUGGACAGGAGCAGUCGAAGGCUUUGGCUAAAGUCCAAGGGUGACCUUUCCUCUUGCACUCCUCCUGGGUGUCCCGGGCUGUCACGUCCAGGCAAAGCGCGUAACCUCCCAGGUAGCUCAUAGCUUCUUCCGGCGGGAUAGAGCUGCCGCCCUUAGCCAGUACCAACCCCAGCUCUACCUCCGGCUGCACCCGGCGGCUAUAGCGAGGUGGCCGGAUCGCAGAACCCGGCCUUAGGUAGGCACUGACCGGCUUCAGGAAGAGCAGCGGCUCGGCUCCGGGUACGGGGUUCCCCAAUUCCCGAGCGUGUUCGGCGUAAUUCCUGCCAACGCAGACAAUCUUCCUGCCCCACUCCCAGAAAGAGUGCAAGUCCCGAGCCAUGGCUCUGAAACUACAAAGCAGAAAAUAGCUUCAGCUCCCACAGUCUCUCUCUGUGCACCUUUGCACAGAUAUUGCAAAGUCCAACUCCUCCUCGGCCUUCUUUAAACUAUUCGCAAUAACAACGUGCGCAAGGGUUAUGGGGAAAAUGUUGCAAUUGGUGGAGAUCGCCCAAUGAAGGAGAGGCUGAGGGUUGGAGGUGAAAGGCUGCUGUGUAUCGCCCGAGCUGGUGUGUCCCCAGUCCUCGGGCUCUGACUAUGCUGCUGCUCCUUUACCGACUCAGCUGUGUGAGUGUGACCGCGCUGACUGCUCGCAGGCUCGGUUCACUAUCCGCUCAGUUUGGAUCUCCUGUUAGAAGGUCUGAAACCAUUAUACAGGCAAACAUGAAGGUUGAAUUGUUGCCCGCUCUGGCCGAUAACUAUAUGUAUCUCCUUAUCGAUAAUGAAACGAGAGAAGCAGCAAUUGUGGAUCCAGUGGAACCACAGAAGGUGGUUGAAGCAGUAAAAAAGCAUGGAGUAAACCUGACUACAGUUCUUACCACCCAUCACCACUGGGACCAUGCUGGAGGUAACGCAGAACUGGUGAAGAAAGUGCCUGGUCUCCAGGUAUACGGUGGUGAUGACCGGGUUGGAGCUCUCACUUGCAAAGUGAGCCACAAGAAAACAUUACAGGUUGGCUCUUUGAAUGUGAAAUGCCUCUUUACACCCUGUCAUACAUCAGGACAUAUCUGCUACUUUGUGACUAAAGAGAAUAGCAGUGAAGCACCAGCUGUGUUCACUGGUGACACACUAUUUGUUGCUGGAUGUGGCAAAUUCUUUGAAGGAUCCGGUGAGGAAAUGUACCGAGCGCUGAUUGACAUUCUGGGCAGCCUGCCAUCUGAAACAGCAGUUACCAGGUUUCGGGACUCUCGAAGACCUCAUUCAAAGGACUAUAUCUCAAGGAGGGUGUACUGUGGACAUGAGUAUACCAUCAACAAUCUCAAAUUUGCCCGUCAUGUUGAACCAAACAAUGAAGCAAUCAGACAGAAAUUAGCUUGGGCAAAGGAGCACUAUGAUCUUGGAAAACCCACCAUCCCAUCCACUAUUGGGGAGGAGUUCACUUAUAACCCUUUCAUGCGAGUGAGGGAGAAGAGUGUGCAAGACCAUGUUGGACAAAAAGAUCCAAUUUCGACCAUGGAUGCAAUCAGAAAAGAAAAAGAUCAAUUUCAAGUACCAAAGGAUUAAUUGCACCUGUACCAAUACUUACCCCCAGCAUAGUCUUCAAUACAGCACCUUCUGGUGUGCAUGGAGUGGCAGAGAGUUACAAAGUACAUGUUAAGUAGUGAAUGUUCUGUUAAAUAAUUUAAAUUUGCUUUGCAGUUGCAAUUUGUAAAAUGUGUAUAGGUUUUCUAAUUGACAAUCAUAAAUGAUUGUGACACAUGUUCUGAAGUAUAAGCGGCUUUAGUCCUAUUGAAACCUGCUUUUGUCCAUUUUUUUUUCAUUAAACCACAUCCUGUUCACUUCAUGCACUUCUGGUCUCCAAGAGCCAAGCAAAUAACUGAGUUGAUAUCAAGCCAGAAGAUUGCAAUUUGAAGCCCCAAUGUUAACUUGUCAAUUAGACUCAGCAAUCAUAUACUACUGAGUGAUAAGCACCAAACAUUUUCAUAGAUACUCAUUCCCAGGUUUGGAGAACAAAAUGUAAGACCCAAUGAUUGACCCAUUCGAAUCCAUAAUAUUGGAGACAUUUUGAAAGUGGCUAUAGCCACGUAUCUCCUCUAUUCUUCUGGCGAAAGAGGGAUAGAGUGGAUUUAACAAGUAGUGGUGCUGCCCGCUCUUCCACUGUAAAUGUCAUCUGACUGUCAGGUCUCCAGUCCCAGCAGCGCCACUGGGUGUGAUGGCCACUGCUGGGGCUGCAUGUACUCCCAGCAAAGCAGAGCCAAAAACUAGAUGGGAGGUGAGACUGGUGGGACCUCGCCCAUCUCUGCAACUGCGGCAAGGUCAGAUGCGGUUGGGUAGUGAUGGGAAAGUCACCGUCAGAAAUUUAUGGCAUACCAUCCUGCAAAGUGCCAAGGUUGCAGCUGUAAAAUUCUGUUUAAAAGCUCAUGAUAAUUGAAUUUGGUCACUCUAGUUCCAAGACAUACAAUUUUGACAUUGAGGUGUUUAUUUCAGCAGACUCCCGUUUUUCUCACCAUCAUACCAUCCCAAUUUAUUCAUUUCUGAAUUUUGAAAAUUGUGAAAUUCCUAUUCAGAUUAGAAAAUUCGCUUUUAGUAAUGGUGGUUUGAAUGGGAAAGAAUUAAUUGUAAUUUAAAUAGUAAAUAAUAUAUUUUGCUUUUAUUUACGCACAUUAAGGGGUAGAAUUAACUGUCCAUUCAGAGAUUUUCUAUCUGAAGAAUCAAACUGAAAUCAUUAAAUGGAUUGCACCUUGUCAGCAUGUAGUUGGAUAAACUACAUGAACACUAGUUUAUUUCCCUCUUCUUGUUAAAACAUUAGGACUGCCCUAAUACACCUGCAUCCUCAGUAUGAUAUAAUAAUUUCUGCUGUUUUAUAGACUACCUUUAAUCUUGGCUUCCUCCUUGCUUUAAUUGUUUAUGUAAAAUCAAGAGCUCUGAAGGUCUUUUAAGAAUCUGGAAAAUGCACUCUGAAAGCCACAAUAAGAAUGUGGUAAUUUGUCUAGAAGCUAAGGCUAAACUAGAUGACAAAGUAUCGAUUUAGGAUUUUAGCCAAAAUUAAUUGCAGUCUUGUGGAUUGGUUCCCUGCAGAGUUAUAUCUAACAUGAUUACAUUUAUCCAUAUUACACCUUGCUUAAUCGUCCACCAUCUUCUAACUCAACAUACAUGCAUGUGCAGGCAGUCAAUAAUUUGCUUUUCUCAGCUCUCUCAAAAGCAUUCAAAAUGUGUCACUAUCUGUGCAAUAUGUUGAUUUAAAAUUGUUCCAGCUUUUCUGUUUAAAAUUAGAUUGGGAAGAAUUGCUUUAGUAGUCUGAUACCUCCUCCUUGGCUUCCUUUUAAUAGGAUCUCUACUACUAAGCUUCUGUAUUGACACUAUAUAAUCUGCUGAUUGUGCUUUUGUUUUUCGUAGCAUUCUUGGAAUUGGAGUAUUAAUUUCACUGUUAACCAUAAAACACAUUGAUAAAGCAAAAUGCAUUGUGGUUUUCAUUUUCUUAUACAAGAAGGAAAAUGAUAACUUUACACUUACACAAGUGUGAAACGAUUUCACAACAAGAAACAAUAAGUGAUAUUGCGUGGGUGAACUGGUUUAUUGCUCCAUCCAGACUUGCAUUUAUGUAGCACUUUUCAGAAACUCUGGACUUCUCAAAAUGCUUUGAAUAUUUUGAAGACACUGUUGCAGCUAAAUUGCCCACAACAAGCAUCCACAAUCAGCAAUGUAACAAUGACCAGCUAAUGUGAUUUAUACGAUAAAAACAGAAAUAGCUGGAGGAACUCAGCAGGUCUGGCAGCAUCUGUGGAGAGAAAGCAGAGUUAAUUUUCAGAUCUGGUGACCCUUCAAUGUUUGCAGUCCUUAGUGCUAUCGGAGGUUGGAUGGGCCCCCGGAGAUCAAUCCCUUGCUCCUCUUUAAAAUUUUGCAACGGAUACUUUUAAAUUCACCCAAGUAGACAGGUAGGAUUUAAUAUUUCAUCUGCAAAGCAGCACCUUUGACAAUGCAGUUGUCCCUCGGGACUAAACCGGAGAGUCAGAAUUAGUUUGUAUGUUCAAGGCACGAUUUGCAACCAACCUUUUGUUACUCAUGCAAGAGUGUUAAGGUGGGAAGCAGAGUGAUAAGUGCUGGAUACAAAGUACUUCCUGAUUCUUUGAACGUCAUCAGAGCAUUGAAUUUCUUUUUUCCGUUAGUGUUUUAGCAAGCGGGAGAUUCAUGGCACCCAGUCUGUCGUGAUCCAGAGCUCUCUUUUUCAAGCAAUCUUCAGCUCACUAAUUAUAGAGCCAGGCGUUGGGUGCCUCUCUUGGUGAACUGUGCAGCCAGAAAGGUAGAAGUUUAUGCUGUGGGUGCCAUAUUUAAACCCAGCUCAUGUCACUUGAGAUGCUGCAAGCUUCGGAAUUGCCCUUCGUGCUGUGGUACUCCACUAACCCAGUGAAAAGGAAAACACUUUUAUGAAAAAAAACUGAAGAACUGUAGAAGAAGGGUCACUGGACCCAAAAGCUUAACUCUGCUUUCUGUUUGCAGAUGCUGCCAGACGUUAUGUUUUUUCCAGCAAUUUGUGUUUUUGGAAAGGAUAACUCAUUGGCAGCUAAGUUGACAGAGACCUGGAAGUGUCGGUGGACAGUCAGGAUUUACAGGAUGAGGAGGGCAAUCCCUCCUCGGUUUUGCCACACACACCUCAGGCACAGUGACCCCCUAAGGUGAAACCAUCACCAGUUAUCUCUCUCUCUACUGAGAGAACAAGUUUGAGGUCGGCUCAGACCAUGGCAGAUUCACCCUUCCCUUUCUCCUUGUAUUUGUUAAUGGAAAAGGGCUCCCAUUCUGUAAAGGGUACAGGAGGAUGCUGCGUUGAGGCACAGAUGCCAGACCACACAAGAAAUGUACCUUUAAAAAAGUUAUAAACAUCCCAAUAUAAAGGUGCCUGCCUUGUCCUCAGUUAUUCUCUCCCUGUUAUAGAGUCCAAGUAGAUAGUUUACGAUCCCUGCUUACUGAAGUGACUAUGCAUUACACACACACAAAUGUGUGAUAGCUGGGAUAGGAUUGUUAAUAACCUUCCAGAUUUUUGACUUAACAGACUGUGAUAUCUGUGACAUCGGUUAUGUGAGCUUACAUAUGUUGCAAACCACAAAUGGCAUCAGCAUGCAUAUGUGUAAAAGGGCUUUAUAUAUCUUUUUAAUUGAAAGAGUUGCAGAGAGUGUGAAAUGGCACUCAGACAGGUCAGAGGUGAUACAGGUACAUGAUAGCAUAAUAUUGGUGGAAUCCUGGAUAAAUUAAAGUUAGAAAGCAGCUGAUUGGAGAACUUAAUCAUGAAUAUGAAAUAGGGCUAGUAGUUGAAUGAUACUGCAAUGUGAAAAUGGAUAGUUCCAACACAGGCCUCCAUAUACAAUUCAAGCAGGACACCAAACAUACCAUUCCUAGGUUUAAGCUGAGAGCUCCUGGACAUAAAGGGAUAGAACUGGAUGAGCAUAUGGAUAUCAAUCUGUGUUAAUGGAGGUUUUAGACUGUCAAAUCGCACACAAGGUUGGAAUUUUAUUUCUACCAAAGGAAAAAGGAGCAGGUAAAAACCACAGAGCUCCUGAGAAUGUUUCACCACACACUACAGUUGAUUUUUCCACCUCUAAUCCACCUUCCUGCUUGAUUCUUCCCAGCAGUUCCUUCUAAUGCUCUCUUCCGACCUCUUCAGUCACGCAGAAGAUGCAGAACGCACCAACAGGUUUAAGAACAGAGUCUUCUCUGCCGUUAUUAAGUAGCUCAAUGGAUUCCCUAACCUCAAAUAAUGUUGAUCUUGCUUUGCAGUGUAUCCUUGCAUUGCCUUACUCUAUCUAAGCAUCAUAAGAUCUAUAUGUCCUUGUUUGCUAUGAUUUGUCUGCACUGCUUGCAAAACACAGCUUCUCACUGUACUUAGGUACAUGUGACAACAAUAUAUCAAAUCAAAAAUCUUAAUUCCAAUGGUAAAGUUAGAUACGUAAGUGAAAGAUUUUAGCUACAUCACAAACACUAGUGACUGAGCACCUAACAAUUUAGUUUGUUUCUUAAAGAGUUUGUAUUAUAUUGAAAACUUAAAUAAUUUUAAGUCAACACUUUAUUAUAAUCACAUACAGCAGUUGUACAGGCAAUGACCUAGUGUUCUGUUAAUUCAGAGACCCAAGUAAAGUUCUAGGGACCUGGGUUCAAAUCCCACCAUGACAGAAAGUGGAAUUUUAAUUCAAUAAAAAAAACCCUGGUUCAGUAAUGUCCAUUAGUGAACAAAACUGCAAUCCUUACCUGGUCUGGCCUACAUGUGACUCCAGACCCACAGCAAUGUGGUUGAUCUUAACUGAGUUCUGUACUAUUAGGGAUGGGUAAAAAAUGCUGGCCUAGCCAGAGAUGCCUACACCCUAUCCUUGAAUGUAAAAAAAAUGCUUUGAUUACUGUGCUGUAUGAAUCUAUACUUAGAGACAACAAUUCUAAUAAAAGUGGUUGAAUUGAAAACCUGCCAAAGUAGAAAGGACACUCUGUAAUUCUCACAAUGACACAAAGUAAUCA